UGUGAGCACAGCUGCUGUCAGAGCAGGACCAGUUUCAAUCUGCUUCUUUCUGUGCCAGGAUGGCUCUCCUCCAGGGUGUCCUCUCUCAGGUCCUCAGCUGGAAGGCCGUCUGUCUGGUCCUGAAUGUGGUUGGUGCAGGGCUGGUUGCCGUGGCUGCGGUUUGGACUUUAAAGCUGCUGGUUCGUCACGCCUGGUUCACUCGCCGGCUGUCCUGCUUCAAAAAGCCACAGACACACUCGUGGCUGGUCGGACACCUGGGUCAGAUGCAGAGCACCGAAGAAGGCCUCCUGCAGGUGGACGACUUGGUGCGGCGGUACAAACACUCCUGCUGCUGGUUCAUCGGUCCUUUCUACCACCUGGUCAGACUCUUCCACCCCGACUACGUCAAACCGCUGCUCAUGGCACCCGCCAGCAUCACAGUGAAAGACGAGCUCAUCUACGACCACCUGCGUCCGUGGCUGGGACAAAGUCUGUUGAUAAGCAACGGAGAGGAGUGGUCUCGCAAGAGGCGACUGCUGACUCCUGCUUUUCAUUUUGAUAUUCUGAAGAACUAUGUCGCCAAGUUUAACUCCUCAACCAACACCAUGCACGAUAAGUGGCGCCGCCUGGUGGCAGAAGGCCGGACGACUCUCGAGAUGUUUGACCACAUCACCCUGAUGACGUUGGACAGUUUGUUGAAAUGCGCCUUCAGCCACAACAGCAACUGUCAGGAGUCGACCAGUGAGUACGUGUCGGCCAUCGUGCAGCUCAGUGACCUGAUAAUAGAUCGGCGGCAGAACAUUUUACACCACUGGGACUGGAUUUACUGGAGAACACAGCAGGGGAAACAGUUCAAACAAGCACUGAGCAUUGUGCACAGAUUCACCAGGGAGGUGGUUCAGAAGCGCCGAGCCCUCAUCGACCAGACAGAAACGCAACCUGACCGCACCACAGCACCACAGAGGAAGAAAGAUUUUGUGGACAUCAUUCUGCUGUCAGAGGAUGAAGAUGGACGAGGCCUGUCAGACGAGGAGAUACAGGCUGAGGCCAACACCUUCAUGUUCGCAGGUCAUGACACGACAGCCAGUGCGAUCUGCUGGACGCUCUACAAUUUAGCCCGACACGCACACUACCAGGAACAAUGCAGGCAGGAAGUGAUGGACCUGAUGCAGGGACGGGACAGAGACGCAAUAGAGUGGGAGGAUUUGUCCAACCUUCCCUUCACCACCAUGUGCAUCCGGGAGAGCCUGAGACUCCACUCUCCUGUGCAGGCCGUCACCAGGAGGUACACCCAGGACAUGGCGCUGCCAGGGGGUCGCACAGUCCCACAGGGUGCAAUCUGUCUGGUCAGCAUUUAUGGGACACACCACAACCCUGCCGCCUGGACAAACCCACACGAGUUUAAUCCUCUGCGUUUUGACCCGACCAGCACACGGAGCCGUGCCUCUCACGCCUUCAUCCCCUUCUCCUCAGGCCCCAGGAACUGCAUCGGCCAGAAGUUUGCCCUGGCCGCUGCGGGUUGUCGUGGCGUUGACCCUCCUCAGGUUCCGUCUGACCCCGGCGGCGAACCCCGAGCUCGGCGGCAGCUCCGGGGGAGUUCGCCGUCUGCCCCAGCUCGUCCUGCGUGCAGAGAGGCCUGUGGCUGCAGCUGGAGCCUCUGAACCCGGCCGAUACCACGGAACCAUUGGGCGAAUGAUCCAUCAAGAUGUCACCUGAUUUAUGAUACAACACAUAAAACACAGAGGGAUUGUUCUCAUUGUCAAUUAAUGUGUGGAUUAUAAGUGUACAAAAUAUUUGAGAGUGCAGAACGACCGUUAGUCACAGCUUGUUAUAAAUGAUGUCAAUGUUAAUUCAAAUGCUGGAGGUGUGUUUUGAUUAUCUAUGAAUCUAAUAGUGUCGAUAAAAUGAAUGCAGGACUUUAGCAUUGGCUGGAAAACACAAUAUGGUGAAAAUGAGCUGCUUGGAGGAGGUCUGCGCUCUCCCAGUGCUUUUCUUCUUCUUUAAGUAAUAGCAGUAGUCAUAGAUAUGUGUAAUAAAUCCCAGAUGUCUCGGCUAAUGGAAUCGCAAAUCUGCAGUGGUUACUGGCUUCUAAUAUAACUAAGAACACAAACAUAUGCAUUCAAUGAUAAGAAAAAAAUGACUUCAGAAGUGUAUAUGCUCAGGAUUAAAAGUCUCUCUCCGUCUUUAUGGUCUUUAAAUGCAAAAAACUGUUUUUAGUCACCACACCGUUUGUUGUGCUGGAGCUGUGGCAUCGUGUUUGGAAUAAAGGGCACAAACUCGCCCGUCCCAGUGGAGUUAAACUCGGCCAUAAGCAAAUCAUUUGCUGUAAUUCUGUCAGUUCAAACUGUGAAUGCUCUGCAGCACCGACCACAUCAAUAGCAAAUGGGUUUGUAAAAAGGUCAAACCCAAAUCUCUGGGUCUAAAAGUUGGCAAAUCUCCAAAGUUUUGUUGUUCAAAUAUUGUGACAAAUGAAGAAAUGAAUGAUAAAUGAAUGAA